AUGUCAGGUCUAUUCAAGAUUAUGCAGACUCUACUUUUACUUGGACUUUUUAUUGCUAAAUUGACUUUGGCAUCAGAGGCACACAAGCAUAAGGGAUGCUUCAGUGCAGAAGAACUGGAGGAUGGAGCUCUUAAGAUCUUGCGUCGAAACCGGUACCUGAAAGACGGUCAUAUUGAUGAAACGCAGUAUCACAAGCUGGGUACGAAGAAGACCUGCCCUGCUGUGCUUCAUUCACAGUCAGUAGACUACAACAACCGUUCUGUCUCCCCCUGGCGGUACAGCAUCGAUAGCAAGGAGGGACGAUUCCCUGAGAAGAUUGUUGUUGCUGAAUGUCUAUGUACGGGAUGUAUCAUCGUCAAAGGGCACGGACAUCACGGGGCCGAAUACGAAGAUUAUGGAUAUAACUCUGUGCCUGUAGUGCAAUCCCAGAUGGUUUUGAUGAAGACCGACUGCACGAACAACCCAGGAAAAUAUUCAUUCACUUCACAAUUUAUCAAAGUGCCUAUUGCCUGCACCUGCGUUAAGGCCAGGACAUAUUAA